CCCCCCCCCCGUCAGUGACCUGCCAGAGUGCCCGCAGGGGAGAGAGGUUGGAGUAAAUACCCAUCCUUGUUGAUAGCUGCAAGUGAAAAUUCCUUUCACUAUUUCCAGUAGAGGUUGGGGAGUUUUUUAAACGGAUCUUUUGGAGAAAAAAAAACUCCAGCUACCUGACUGCUGUGUGCUGCUGCUGAGUGGACGAUUCUGUACGUCUUUUACCCGCGUCAGGUCCAACAGCGUGGUGGUCCGAUCUCUAUCAACCAGAAACCCGCAGGAAGUCAUUUCUUAGAUAAAACGUCUAAUUCCACUUGACAGUGUCAUAGCUAUCUCCAGAUCACCAUGGACAUCAUGACUGAAGUACAGGGGGUGUAGUGAUGUUGACGUCGACCGUCCUCUUCUUACGACCACGGAUCUUCUCUUAGUCGUUAAGACACUCAUCAUCAACCCAUAAGGAACAAACGGGGAAUCACAAGCACCAUCACAGAACAUGACGUAUCAUCGAGCGGAAACUUCAAACGGUAGCUCAGUCAACCCAUUCGUUAAUAACAACAUGGACAGCAGUCAGCAGAAACUCACUUUUGAGGAGCCUGGUCUAAAGAAGCCGAGCAAGGUUUACCUCGUACUAAUGGUCAUUCUCACACUGGCUAUUAUUGGACUUACUAUUCCUCUAGUUAUUUACGUAAUGGACCGAAAUGCAUUGGUCGAAGAGGUGGAGCAGUUGAAGAUGGCGGGAACAGAACUGUGUACAUCUCAGCAGUGUGUCAAGUCAGCCGGAAUCUACCUCGACAGUAUGAACCAAGAUGCAGAUCCCUGCAAUAACUUCUUCGAGUACGCUUGUGGCGGCUGGGUCAAGAAGAAGGUUAUACCAGAGGAUAGGUCCAGCUAUAGCUCUUUUACGGUCUUACGUGAAGAGGUGGCGGUCAAAUGUAAAGAGUUGUUUGAGCGGGAGACGGCACCAGGGGAGUUGAAAUCAAUUGUGAGCGUACGAAACUUUUACUCGUCCUGCAUGAAUCUAGACCUGAUUAACACGAAGGGUGCAUCGCCCCUCGUGGACCUUCUAAACACCCUGGGUGGGUGGCCGGCCCUCCAGACCAACCCAGGGGGCAACUGGGAUUCGUCUACCUACGAUUUCGAGGAGUUCUGGGCCAAACUGGUCGGGGAAUACAGCGUGGAUGCUAUUUUCUCGUUGUGGGUUGGUACGGAUGAUAAGAACUCAUCAGGAUACAUAUUAAAUCUGGACCAGCCAUCCUUAGGUAUGGGCGAUCGAGAGUACUACGUGGAGGGUAAAUACGAAAAGGAGAGGGAUGCAUACGUUCAGUACAUGGUCGAUAUAGCCGUUGAGCUUGGUGCUGAUGAAGUCGCAGCCACAGCUGACAUGGAGGAAAUCAUGCAGUUUGAAAUACUCCUGGCAAACAUGUCAAUCCCACAAGACGAAAGGAGAGACAGUGAAGCUUUGUAUAACAUCUACACCUUAGACGAACUCACGACUAACUACGGGGAGAUUGAAUGGACGAGGAUAAUGAAUAUUAUAAUGCCUGAUACAGUGAAACCGAUCAAACCAACUGAGCGAUUCGUCAACAAAGUUCCAACCUUCUUAGGGAACGUAACUAAAUGGAUGACCACACAAGACGACAGGGUGGUAGUGAAUUACUUAGUAUGGCGGCUCGUCAAUGAUCUAGUGAGUGAUCUUGGACAGACCUUCAUCGAUAUCAGACAGAAAUACAUCAACGUCAUACGUGGAACUAGUGCUUCAUCGGCUCGCUGGCAACGAUGUGUGAACGAAGAUAACUCCCUACUCGAGUUCGCAACGGGGCGAUUGUAUGUCGAGGAGAACUUUCCAGCAAAUGCCAAAGAAAAGACAAUCGAGAUGAUUGGAAAUUUGAAGGUAGCUUUCAAGGAAAUGCUCAAGACAAAUGACUGGCUCCUAGAGGCAGACAAGACAGUGGCUGCAGAAAAGGCUGAUAAAAUGAACAUAGACGUCGGGUACCCAGACUGGAUUAUGGAUGAUGCUAAACUAGACGAGAAAUACGAGGGGUUGGAUUUUGUAGCCGAUGGCUACUUCAGUAACAUUCUACUGUACCGUAAAUGGAACAAACAAGAAAGUCUCGCCCUUCUACGAGAUCUCGUGGAUAAAACAGCAUGGACGUCCGGGCCGGCGGUGGUCAAUGCAUUCUUCAGUUCUACCAAGAACCGUAUUCUAUUUCCAGCUGGAAUUCUUCAGCCGCCAUUCUACCAUCAGGAUCUACCUUGGUAUUCAAACUAUGGAGGCAUUGGAGUUGUAAUCGGACAUGAGAUAACGCAUGGAUUCGACGAUCGAGGGAGGCAGUAUGACAAAGACGGCAACCUGGUCGAUUGGUGGAGCGAACAGUCCGUGAUUAACUUCAAGGAGAGGGCCCAGUGUAUUGUCGAUCAGUACGGCAAUUUCGUCAUGCCAGAAACCAAUGAAACUCUAAAUGGAGUGCAGACACAGGGUGAAAACAUUGCAGACAACGGCGGCAUGAAAGAGUCAUACAAGGCAUACAAGGAUAACAUAUCUAAGCAGCCGCUACUACCUGGUCUGGAUUUAAACGAAGACCAAAUGUUUUUCCUAACAUUUGGACAGAUAUGGUGCAGUGCAUAUAGGCCAGAGGGUGUGACGUCACAGAUCCUCGGCGGUGUACACAGUCCGGGUAGAUACAGAGUUAUCGGGCCAAUGCAAAACAAUGAAGACUUUGCCAAGGCGUUCAACUGCCCCAAGCAAACCAGCUACAUGAACCCGACCAAGAAAUGUAACGUGUGGUAGCCGGUAGAGUCACCCCAAGACAGUUUAUACUCAUUGUACUUCUUAUAUAAAUGUUUUUAUAUAAAUCUGGAGAAAACUAUGGACGGUAGCUUUAAUUAACAAAACAUAUUUUAUAGACGUUGUAGCAGAGUAACAAAAUGAAAACACCUGAAACAAUCCAUGAAUGAAAAAUCAACGUUUGGGAGUAGAACAAAAUUCCCUUCUUUUCCGAAAAGGUUUGUGAUUGUUUUCUGUUUUUUAGUCCCUACAUACUGGUGUUAAUUCAGGCCUAUAUCACUGCUGGUUUUUUUUCUUUAAUUAUUGAUAAUUUAAUUAAGACCGAAAAACCUCAGCAAUUAUGAACCUCUUUGUUGUGUUAAUUAGUUGAAACAGUGGUUGAUUUAAUACUGCUCUGUUCAUUUUGGUCAAAAUUGUGAUGACAGGUUUUGUCUUCUUUUUCUUUUAAUGCUAGAGCGAAAGAGGUAACGCUUCAGACCAUUCAAUUUAAACCAAAUGUCACGAAAAUACGUUUUACAUGCAAGAAACGAAAAUUAUUUUCGUGACUUGUUUUACUCAUUUCUCAAAAAC